AUGAUAAUGAGAUUUGCUUUAAUAUUCAUUUUCUUGGUUUUGCUACUUACCAAAGUAGCAUUAGCAUCUAAUUCUACAGCUAUUCCUAUAGCAAAACCUGGGUGUAACGACACCUGCGGACAGGUUAGGGUCCCUUACCCUUUUGGAAUUGGACCCGAUUGUUACCGGGAUUCGUGGUUUGAGGUGCUUUGCAAUGAAACUUUGAGCCCUCCAACAACUUUAGUGAAAAAGAUAAAUAUGGAGGUCUUGAAUUUUUCUUAUGUUCCCGAGUAUACUAGCAUUGAGUUCGUUCGCGUGAAGAGUCCAGUAAUUUCUAAGAAUUGUUCACCCAGGGAAACCGAGCAAAGGGUGAAUUUAACAGGCAGCCCUUUCUUCUAUUCAGAGACGAGAAACAAAUUCGUAGCUGCAGGAUGCAACAACAGAGCUUUAAUGGCAGGAAUUAAUCCCACAAUUGUUGGGUGUGAAUCAGAUUGUAUUAAUGGCGACACACUCUUUGGAAGUCCUGGCCCUGAUAAAACUUGCAACAGUGGUACAUGCUGUGAGACUGUCAUACCAUCUGAUCUGAAAACAUUUAAUGCCACAUUUGAGAGAAAUGAGCCUGAAGGAUGCCAGCUAGCCUUCCUGGUAGAUCAACAGUGGUUUGACUUUAGUAUAGAAAACUCCUCCCGUUUGCAAAAUACGGAGUAUGUUCCAGCUUUGCUUGAUUGGUCACUACCCCCUGAAGAUUACGGCACAAGUAAUUACUCAGGGCGACUUUAUUGCAGUUAUGGUUAUUGGGGGAAUCCAUAUCUUCCUUAUGGAUGUCAUGAUAUUGAUGAAUGCCUGGAGGACAAGAGACGAUGUGGGGACGACACUUGUGUGAAUAAACCAGGGCACUUUGUGUGUGAAGGAAGCAGAACUUGGAUUAUUGCUUUAGGUCUAGGUCUAGGUUUUGGAAUUCUUUGCUUGGUGGUUGGUGGAUGGUUGUUGUACAAGUUUUUAAAGAAGAGGAGGGAAGUGAAGCUCAAGGAAAAGUUCUUUAAACGUAGUGGCGGAUUCUUAUUACAACAACAAAUGUUUUCACACAAAGGAAGCUUGGAGAAAACCAAGAUAUUUACCUCCAAGGAGUUGGAUAAAGCAACUGAUAAUUUCAACAAGAAUAGAGUGCUCGGGCAAGGCGGACAAGGUACUGUUUACAAAGGAAUGCUGGUUGAUGGGAGAAUCGUUGCAGUUAAAAAGUCCAAAGCAAUGGUUGCAGAGACAGUUGAAGAGUUCAUUAAUGAAGUUGUCAUCCUUUCUCAAAUUAAUCAUAGAAAUGUCGUCAAACUAUUAGGAUGUUGUUUGGAGACUGAGGUUCCAUUACUGGUUUAUGAAUUCAUUCCCAAUGGUACACUUUUUCAAUAUCUGCAUGACCAAAGUGAGGAGUUCCCAUUACCAUGGGGAACACGACUAAGAAUUGCCAAAGAAACCGCAGAAGCCAUUUCGUAUUUGCAUUUUUCGGCCUCCAUUCCAAUUUAUCAUCGAGACAUCAAGUCCACGAAUAUCUUGUUAGAUGAAAAGUUCAAGGCAAAGGUUUCAGAUUUUGGGACAUCAAGAUCGAUUUCUGUCGAUCAAACUCACUUGACACACGUGCAAGGUACAUUUGGGUACCUAGACCCGGAGUAUUUUCAAUCAAGUCAAUUUACAGAAAAAAGUGAUGUCUACAGCUUUGGAGUUGUCUUGGUGGAGUUACUAACAGGUGAAAAGCCAAUUUUAUCUCUAAAAAUGGCAGAUAAAAGUAGAAGUUUGGCCACACACUUCAUUGCAUCAAUGGAAGAAAACAGAGUGUUGGAAAUUAUUGAUGGUCGAGUGGAGAAACAGGCAAAAGUUGAGGAGCUAAUGAUGGUAGCUAAACUUGCAUACCGAUGCUUGAGCUUGAGCGGAAAGAAGCGGCCAACAAUGAAAGAAGUUGCUAUGCAGUUAGAGCAGAUUAUGCCAUUGCCAAAGCAAAAUGAUUCCAAUGUUGAUCAUCAUCACGGCCGGGAAGAGAUAAACUAUUUAAAAUUGGAUUUACCUUUCCCUUUGGAAUCUUCUUCUUUGACAGAUUCAAGUCUUUUCUCUGGAACUUCUUGUUCCACAGAAAAGGAGCCACUUGUUUAGAUGCUAGCAAAACAAUGUGAUUGUAAA